AUGAAGACCUCCGAAAUCAUGUUGACUAACAAGAGAUCCGUCGGAGAGAAAGUCAGAACUUGCUUGCUUGACUUCGAUUGCCUGCUGAUCUUCCUGACAGACAUACUGUUGUCUAAGUUAUUUUUUCAACUUUCUAGGUACGUUCGCUUGUCAAGUCAACCAUUCUUAGAGAUAAUCUUCCGUUGUACUUACUUGCCUACGGAUCGAGCCGCCUUUGCCAACGCCUAUGUUGCCGGGCUGCGCGAGGCUCUUCACAUGUCAGGACAUGAUUACAACACUGUUCUUUCGGUCACAACUGCGGGCAUGGCGAUUGGUCAAAUCCCUCACGGGCUGAUUAUUCAAAAGGUCCCGCCAAGAAUCUGGCUUCCGUCGAUGGUUGUAGUUUGGGCUGCGUUGACCAUGGUCAGCGCUACAGUCAAGACCGUAACACAACUGUGUGUCGUUCGGUUUUCCCUUGGAUUAGCUGAAGCUAGCACAUAUGCAGGGACUAUUUACAUCAUUGGAUCAUGGUAUACCCCUAGCGAAAUUGCAAAGAGAACGGCCAUUUUCACUGCUUCUGGUCAAGUCGGGACCAUGUUCGCGGGAGUUAUGAUGGCAGCUAUCUACAAAGGCAUGGGUGGACUAGGUGGCCUCGGAGGCUGGCAGUGGGUGUUCCUCAUUGAUGGCAUUAUCACUCUUCCAGUCGCAUUCUUCGGUUUUUACUACUUUCCUGAUAUUCCAGAGAACACUCAGGCAUUGUACUUGAGUGACUCAGAGAAGAAGCUGGCGGUCAGCCGCCUCCCGCCUAUUAAAGAAGGAGGGCAUAGUAUCAGUCCCAUAUCACUGAUGAAACGAUUGGCUAUGUCACCCACUUUCUGGAUUCUCUUAUUUUGGUCUCCAGUAUGCGCCACCUUGGAAGCUUGGGCAGUUCAAAACAACUUUCUCAUUUGGCUCAAGUAUCAAUCGUCCCACUUCUCACAGACCCAGAUCAACACGUAUCCUCUCGGGGUUCAAGCUGUUGGGAUUGUUUCGAACAUGUUUGCUGCUUGGCAUAUGGAUGUAACUGGCACUCGCAUCCCCAUGGCUACUCUGGCAAUCGUUCUACAGCUAGUCUGUGCCAUCUUACUGAUCAUACCCAAUAUUCCUUUUGCUGGCACAUUCUUUGCUUUUUAUCUUUCCGGUACUGCUUAUAUGGUCAACCCUCUCAUUUUUGGGUGGGCAAGUAUCAUCCUUCAGAGGAGUGGCGAUGACGCUGUGCGCAGCGUCACGGUUUAUUGCAUGAACGUUGGGAGCUUGACUCUCUAUACGUUCUGGGGCAUCGUGUUUUAUUCUGCCGAUGAAGCACCAUACUGGCGGAAAGGGUGCAUAGUCAUGAUAGUUUGCUGCUUCGUCAUGCUUGGCUACAUGUGGGCAGUUUGGAAACUUGACAAACACACUUUCAAAAAGUUCGCCCAGCCAGUAUCUCAAGACGCAGAGGCUGAGACUCCUGUGUCGGAAGUUGUGUCUAGGGUUCCAAUAAGUGAUGGCAAGGACAUUCAGAAGAGAAUUGCCCCAGAAAAGGUACCGAGCAUUUGA